AUGUCUAUUAAUAUGUUCGAUGAGACAAAAUACGAUAAUAUUAUAAUUAAUCAUCGUCAAGCAAGUGAUAUUCUCUGGUCAUUAAAGACAUAUCAUAAUCCAUUGUACGAUGAUAAACAACAGUCUCCAUGUUCAUUAAAUCUAUUAAAACGUCAGCAACAAUCAUCACCAUCAACUGUUAUGUCAGAAACUCAUUAUUUAUCAUUACCACGUAAAUCUGAACAAAUUAAACAAGAUGUACUAAAUAGUUUAAGUUUGAAAUAUACCAUUGAUAAUUUAGCAUCAACAAAUGAAGAAAAAGUUUUACUUCAUAAUGAGGCUAAACAUAUACUCAAUGAAAUGUCGCAUCAAUUGAACAUGAAAUCUGUACGUGUAUUAGCUUACCUGUUUAGUAAAAUAUUAAACUGUCUAUAUGAGAAUAUUUAUAUCAAUAAAGAGAAUCUCGAACGUGUGAGACAAUUAUAUGUUUAUCCACAUUUACAUCAACGAUCAGUUAUUACCACAUCUUCUCCAUCAACCACAACUUUUUCUUCAACACUUUUAUCUAUACUAUCUUCUACUGUUUCAUCAAUAUCUCCGAAAACUGUUGAGCCCACUAUGCCUAUUGUCACGAUUCCCAUUAAUUUUUUAACACCAUCACGUAUUCUAUUUUUACCUACUCAUCGUAGUUAUAUGGAUUUUAUUAUUAUGACUUAUCUAGCUUAUGAAUAUAAUUUACCAUUGCCGUGUAUAGCAGCUGCACAAGAUUUUCUAGGUUUAGGACGAAUAUUUUCAAAUUUAUUACGUCAUUGUGGUGCAUUUUUUAUUCGUCGUACAUUUCGAUCAGAUAAAUUAUAUUGGACAAUAUUUGAUGAAUAUGUUAAAACACAUUUAAUCAAUGGUGAUUAUCCAUUAGAAUUUUUUCUUGAAGGUGCACGUUCUCGAACAUUAAAAACUCUUUUACCUGUAAGACAAGGUAUGUUUAAAUCAUGUCUGGAAUGUUAUUUUCAACGAUAUAUUGAUAAUUUAUAUUUGAUACCAAUAACAAUUACUUAUGAAAAAGUUUUAGAAGAUAAUUUACAUUCAUACGAAUUGUUAGGUGUACCAAAACCAAAAGAAUCGAGUACCGGUCUAUUGAAAGCUACACAAAUAUUGAAAAAAAAUUUUGGCACAAUGUUUGUACAUUUCAAUGAACCAAUACAAGUAAGAGAUGAAUAUGAACAGUUUCGAAAACAACAACAGUCGAUAUCGGAUGAGAAUGGAACAAUGAAAAUAGCACAAAAUGUUGAAGACGAAUUACUUACAAAACGAAUUCUACGUUCGAUUCAACCACGAUUUUAUUCGCCAGAUACAGUAGAUCCAUUUGAACAAAAAUUUAUUGAUACAUUAUCAUAUCGUGUUGUUUAUGAACAACAAAAAUCCGUAACAAUUUAUCCUAUUGCAUUGUUAUCCUAUUCUCUAUUGUCAUGGACCAUGAGCAAACCUACUCUUAUCAAUUAUGAGCAGUUCUUAAAUGAGAAAAGUAUUUUAAUUGAUCACGUAUUAAAACCGUUUUCUCAUCAUCAUCAAAUUUAUUGGUCAAAUGAUGAGAAACAAAAAUUUCAAGAACAUUUGAUCAGAUUAUAUCCUGAAAUGUUUGAAAAGACUAAUAGAACAAAUGAAAAUUUAUUGUUAAAAUUGACAAAUGAUCGAUUAAUGAAUGCUGCACUAUUAAUGAAAUUGAUCAUGUAUCGAAACACAUUUUUACACUUAUUGGCGAAACCUUUAUACGUAUUAUUACCGUUUUAUAAACAAUUUUCAUCUAAUCCUAACCAUCAUAAUUUUGAUAAUUCUUCCACGUAUUCCAUUGAACAUUUGAAAUGUUACUAUCAAUUUUUCAUUAAUUUAUUUUCCUAUGAAUUUGUUUAUGAUUGUUUACCAUCUUCGUCAAUGUUUGUUACAGUUGAACGUGAUUUUCAUACAUAUUUAAAUUAUUGGUUGAAAUUAAAUUUUUUAAUUGAAACAAAGGACUCAGUAUCGACAACUUAUCGGCUAAAUUCAGUCUACAAUGAACAGGUUUUCUAUAUGACCAGUGCAUUUGUUCAAUAUUCUAAAGCUUAUUUAUCUAUCUAUAAUCAUGUCGUUAUUAAUCCAAUGCAAAAUGGAAAAACAAUGACAGAUACGGCUAAACAAUAUCAAAAAGAAUUUUUAAACGUAAUGAAUAUUAAUGAUAUUGUCAGUGUUUUGUGUUCGUCGUCAAAUUUAAUUCAAAAUGCAUUGAGAACUAUUUUAAAUACAGAAAAAAAGCAAGAAAAUCUCGAUAAGUAUCGUCAAAUCUUGACGUUACUUUUUGAUACAAAAUCUCAAUCAAACAUAAUUCUUGCAAAACUAUAA